UACAAAUAGAUAUCGAGAGCAUUUGAAGACCUGGGCUGGUAAACUGUUCUAUCAUGGAUCAUGAACAUAUGAAUGGAAGUAGUCUGCAUUCAAGGAAGGAAUCUGACAGUAAGGAAGUUGAUUCUUCUCCUCGCAAAAUGUCUGGCUCUUCAACUUCUUCAUCAGGUUCUUCAAUAGACAUGAUUUUCAGCAAGGAUGACAGUAAGGAAGUUGAUUCUUCUCCUCGCAAAAUGUCCAGCUCUUCUACUUCUUCAUCAGGUUCUUCAAUAGACAUGAUUUUCAGCAAGGAUGUUCUUAACAAUUCCCCAAUGUCUGAACAAGCGGGUCAUGGGUCUCUGGGAGGUGCCUUGUUGCCAGAAGUUUCACCACAAACUCCUCAAUGGAGCAUGCAAAGUGGAUCAGUUGCGCAAUCCCCCCAAGUCCACUUCAUGGGGCGACCUAUGGCCUAUGACCCAAAUCGGAUCCCAGCAUCCAUUUUCUGCAGCAAACCUGUCUCACCCAUGGACUGGAGUGUUGCUUCAACUGAAUCGUUGUUUAGCAUUCAAAUGGGGAAUAACAGUUUCUCAGAUUACGCUGCUCUAUUGUCCAAGUCUGGAGAAUUUAGCAAUUCACCAUUUAAGCUUCCUCCUGUUCCUUCACCACUGAAUUCUGAUGACAGAAAGAGCACUGUAAGUGUUGGGGAAGACAUUGGCGCAAUAGAAGCAUUGCCAAAGGAAGUCACAAAGGAGGUUUUGGCUGUAGAGGAUCAUGUUAAGGAUAAAUUGCCUUCUUCUGAACCAAUCCGUAAUUCUACAAGUGCCUCCUACAAUUCCGAUGGAAGCGGUACCAGCGCCUAUUCUUUUGCAUUCCCAGUAUUCACAGGUGAAGGGGGGAAAAGUAUUAAAUCAGAGAAGGUGAACGUUGAAAUUGAGAACCCAGAGCCCAAGAAACCACAGCUGAAGCCUGAUGAAACCAAAGCCACCCCUUGUCCAGUUAAUUUUAGAUGGUUCCAUUGCUUCCGAUUUUGGCGAUGCUGCUGUUGACAGAAUGACCCCUUCGAGCAAUUUCUUCUUCCACAACAAUUAUUGGAAUGGUUGCCUUUUUGUUCCAGUUGCCAGCUUAACAUGUCCUCUAGUUUUUAUUCUUUACUUUUCUAUAUUCAUAAUCUUUCCUCUAUGUCGGAGAUCUAAAAUUGGACUCCAGUCCUUGGAGGCUUUGUUGCGUUAUUUCAGAGUGCUACAGUCCUCUUAAAAUACAAAAUAAUUAUUUGACUUAAUAAUGUGCUUUGUCUUUGGCAAUGUUUCAACA